GUCAGAGUGCAAUCACCCACUCAAUGGGUUGGCAGGAUCACCUCGGAGAAAUCCCUCUUCACAAAAUGAUGCACUUUCUGUUGUCUUCCUUACACACGCACGCCCUCACCUUCCACAGAUAACCUUUAUUUUCCAGCUUGGGUGAGCCAAUAGGAGGAGGGAAAAUCCUGCUGGGACCGACACACGCACACUCUGAAUGUAAAAUGUUUUCUUAAAAGAUUGUGAGAUAAGAGGAUGUGUGGGAGACUCUUUAUUAGCAAAUGCGUUGAUAACUAUUACUACUUGCAGUUUGGAGUAGUAGUGAGGAAUGACCAACCCUGAAGAAGGAGGCUUAGUGAUGUCUCACAGGACCCACAUUUGCCUCACUGCUGUGACUCUGGUUGUGUUGCUUGUAGCAGCCUGUACACUUGGAAUUGUACUAUCACAAAGAGAUACUAAACCGUCAGCAAUCAAUCAAGACCCACCUUCCAAACCCAAGCCAGGUAACAAUGGGAAACCCUAUGCUUUUCACCAAGGGAUGGAAGUGAAUGAGAUGCUGGGAUCGAAUAUGCUAAACUGGAAUGUUGUGGACAACAUGGAUAACAAAAUAAAUGAAUCACUGGUUGUUCAGGAAACAGGAGUUUACUUUGUUCACCUUCAGGUAUCAUUUAGUGGAAAAAACUGCAGUGAAUUAAAUGUCUUUUUGGAUGUAAAAUACACAGAGAGAACUGAAAACUACACAGCCUCCUAUGGGAAAAGGUGCCCAACAAGAGAGAAAGAAAAGUGGCUCCAGUCCAUCAGCCAUACCAUUCUCAUCAGGCUGGCUGAAGGGAAUCAAAUCAUAGUUAGAGCUGAGCCCUACCACUUGGUGCUUUUUCAAAGUUAUCCGAAAACUACUUUCCUCACAGCCUUUAAGUAUUCUGAUUGACAGAAAAGUCUUCCUGUGGAUAGUAUGUUUCUGCCGUGCAAGUUCAGCUAUGGUAUUUGGCUGUGAUAAUCAUCAAGCCCUUUUAAGUUAAAAUUCUCAUCAAUCACAGCACCUCAUUUCAAUACAUAUUCUAUACUUUUUAUACUAAUUAUAUUUUAUAAUUUAACUAGUGAUCACAUUGUACGAGUGUGCCAGUUAUUUAGAGUUGCUUCUAUUCCUUUAUAUAGUAUUAGCCAGCUAAGACAAACCUGCCUCACCUGUUAUAUUGGGUUUUGUCUCCCGAGGAGAAGUGCUACUGUCAGCUUUUGUCGACAAGCAAAACAUCUGCUGUUUAUAUUUGCUAACUAUGCAAGAAACAGAGAGGGUUAUCUCUAACUGCACUGCUCAGAGAUUGGUGAUCAGAGUGACAUUCACUGCACUGCUCAGAGAUCACUGAUCUGAGCGACAUUCACUGCACUGCUCAGAGAUCGCUCUUAAUUCUGUAAAACAGAAAUGAAAAUAAUUAUUAAACAUCUAUUUUAUGACAGUUGUGCAGUGCUGUCUAGAAAAAGGGUUAACAUUGAAGGCAAUUUUGACUAAGUUAUAGUUGAAAGGUUUAUCUACAGCUUUUACAUUGAUCAUAAAUAUUAACAAAACUUGAUUUGAAUUAAUAAAAAAGGCAGAAAAGGGACUGGCAUUUUAGAUUAAACUGACAUGGUUGCUUACAGUAGAUGGGAGGAGGGAAGGAGUCACUUGAAUCUCAAUCAAAAUAAAAAAGUACUAUAGUAGCAAAUCCAAAUAGCUGGCACUGCCUGUUAGCACAGGUAUAUGUUAUAUAUAUGAAGUUCAUCCAUCUCAUAAGUCACUAGACAUUGGUCUAUAGUGGUGAAGUCCUUUUGAUAAAAAUCUUUUUAUCUCUUCAAUUAUAGGUUAAGACUAAUUUUUCUAUAACACCAGAUAUGAAAAUUGGAAAAAACUAAAUCCCCCCUAUUGCUUUUUAAUAGUUUUCAUUUUGGUGUAAGAUGUGAGGACAAAACAAACAUUUAUUUAUUGCCUUGCUACAUUCUUACAGACAGUAUAUGUAGUUUUUAAAGACCCAUUUCUCAGUGUACCUGUAAGCUGCCUAUGACAGUAACACCUUGGGUCAUUAUUCUGACCUUUCUUGCAGUUAUAAAACAUUUAGGUUUGAUUUAUUAAAUGCUGAUUGGAUCUGCGAACCCCCUGCAACCACAGCUUACACUUACAGGAUCUAUUUGCAUAAAACGUGGUGGUAGCCUGUGACUCAGUUUGGCAAUAGACCUGUAAAUAACAAAGUAUGUAUAGUUUUGCUGAAAGUAAAAGUAAUGUGGUUACAGUUGAUUUUUUUGGACUAAGGUUGUAGUCUAGUCCUCUGUAUUAUUAAUAGUGAUGUGUAUUAUUUUUUCAGUGCCACUGUGAAAAGCACCUUGUAAAAAUGCAGAUCUCCUCCUUAUUGUAUUUAUUAACAUGCUAUUACUAUAGAACUUUACACCAAAUUUCAUUAAGUCAUUUGUAGAGUGGACAGAUGGCCAGCAGCUACUUAAUUAAGCAACUAAACAUUAAGUAAAUCUGCUACCAACGCUAUUUCAACUAGUCUUAUUUCAUAAAGCAAUCCGUAUGCCGACUUCAUAUUAUCAAUGUUAUAGAAACUUCUCAGGCAAAAACAAAAUACCACUCUUUUUGAACUGUGUUUUAAUAUAGUUGCCACUGACACGUUGUCUGUCCCAUUUGAUACACAGCUGUAUUCAUUGAUUCAAUCCAUAAAUUUCCAUUAUAAGUUCAAUACUGUACAUUGUUUUAGACUGUCGAUAUCAAUAAUACAUGCUUACAAAGCAUUUACUUGUAGAUUUAUUCCUCUGGGGAUGUUUGUAUUUACCUUUCAGAUAAUGACAUCUUAAAUUUGAAAUGCAUCCCCAGAUAUAGUUUUACAGAAUGCACAUGGGUUGUGGUGGUAUCUCUGACAAAUCACUGCUCAUGUUUCAUUGCUUUAAUGUAUCAGAAAGCCCUCUGCACCCAGACACGUCAGCAAACUGUCUUCACACCAAACUCCCUGUCCAUUGCCAUUUCUAUAAGAAAGACACUCACUUCGGGCUCCUCUCUAGUGUUUAGGCAAGGACAGGCUUAACUGAUAAAGAUCUUUGUUUGCUUCUAUAAAUGGUUCUCAAACGUCACAGUGCAGUUAUAGAUAUCUGAGCCCUAUUUUGAGUAGAUCUAUCAAAGCUGGUUCAUACUUCAUUUGUACAUGGCAUGUAGCUGUACAUUGCAAAGGAUGUACAUUUCUGGUUAUACAUAAGAACAUAAGAAAGUUUACAAAAGGAGGCCAUUCAGCCCAUCUUGCUCGU